AUGGCCGCCGCCCCGUUGAGUGGCCACGAGGCCAGUGCCACCGACUGGCAUCUGUGGUGCCGCCUCUGUGCCAAGGAUGACCUGCACGGGAACAUCAAUGUGUUCCUGAAGCACGAGCACACGGGCGGUCCAGGAGAUGGCUCUGCCAGCGAUUUGGCCCUGGCCACAGCCAUCGGCAAGUACUUUUGGGUGGAUAUAACGCGUGGCGAGGAGCUGCCAAAGAUGAUCUGUACCGACUGCCUCACACUGGUCACAACUUUGGUCAACUUCUCGGAGCGCAUAACCCGCGUGCAGAAGCUCUACUGCAUUCUACAGACCACUGCCAAGCAGGAUCAUGUAAAUCUGCAGGAGCUUCGUUCCAAGUUUGGGCUGCUGGAGGAGGAACCAGAGACCCUUACAGAAGUCCAUUAUGUGGAGGAGAAACCCAAGUUGGGGGCCCAGGGCGACCUGCUCAUAGAAGAGUCUACAUUUGACAUGAAAAACCCUUUAAAUGAGACGGUAGAUGAUAAGGAAGAAGAGCUUGAGGCAGCAACAAGUAGAAGCGAGGAGAACGAACACGAUUCGGAUCAGGAAAUAGACGAGGAGGAGGAGGAGGAGCAGGAGCAGGAGUACGAGGAAGUGGAUGAAAAUGCUGUCCUACUGAAGCUAUGCGAUGCAUAUGGGAUAACAGAGGAUAAUUCCUCACGGGACAGCCACAAAUGCCCCCGAAGGACGCCUCCAAAACAGAGCAAAUCAAAGGAAGACCCCGACAAAGGACAUCAGUGUACGAUAUGCAGUCGAGCCUAUGCCAGAGCCAGCACCCUUAACCGCCACAUGCGGCAGGAUCAUGACAGGAUCUACGAGACCAAUCUGUUGGCGUGCCAGGAGUGCCCGAAGAAAUUCCGCACUCGCUACCAGCUGGAACGGCACAGCCAGGGCCAUCUGCCGAUGCCCAAACGCAAGGUGUUUCCCUGCGCCAGCUGCAACAAGAUGUUCGCCAGCAAUGCCUCCGCCCUGCAGCAUGCCCAGUACCAGCAUUUGGAUGAACGUCCACGUCCCGUGAUCUGUGAGCAGUGCGGAGUGCGAGUCACUUCCAUCAGCAACCUCAAGGUGCAUGUACUGACGCACACGGACCACGCGCCCUUCGAGUGCGAUGUGUGCAAGAAGUGCUUCAAGAGCGCCAGUCGGCUGAAGCAUCACAAGGAGACCCACGAUCCUCACAAGUACAUCUGUCCCGAGUGUGGCAUGCAGCUGAAUUCACGCACCACCCUCAAUCGCCAUCGACUGGUGCACACGGAUCAGAUGCAGCACAAGUGCGACUACUGCGGCAGGGAGUUUAAGCGGGCCAAGGCCCUCAAAAAUCAUCUCAUACUGCACACAGGACUAAAGCCUUAUUCCUGUGAUUUUUGCGAUCGCACAUUCGCCAAUGGGUCGAAUUGUCGCACGCACAAGAAGAAGUCACAUCCCGAGGAGUUGGCCGCCCAGGAGGCGGCUGGCGGUGGCAAGACAUGCAAUCGGAAUAUACCCAAACUAGAGGCGCUCAAAGCUUUCACGAAAAACAAGGAUAAUUUAUCGCCUGUGGCCACCAAACAGAGCGGUUGCUUUGCCUUUGGCAAGAAGCCCAAGCCGCAGAUCAAAGAGGACGUUAGUCCGCCUGCAGCGGAGCCUGUCGUCGCGGCUGAAGCCGAAACCGAAACGGAGUCUGAAGUCAAACCCCCAACAACGGCCAUACCCACGAUAGAUACUAUUUAUAACCACAUUAUGAUUGAUUACCAUUAAGUUUUGUUUAUUUUAAAUAGUUUUCUAAGAAAAAGUAAUCUAAUUUACGUUAAGCAUACAUUAUUUGUAGCUUCUUCUUGUAAAACCCCCUAGAUUAAACAUAUAUUUAUGGAA